AUGAGCGCAUUUACAUCUUCGCAUCGAAAUUUCGCGCUUCCUAGUUUUGUGUUGCUUGCUCUUGCUGCUUUCACUAUGACUGUAUGUGCCAUCGAACAAAGUGAGACUAUUCACCGCCGAUUGGCCACAACACUCGCGGACGCGCCAUCCCUCCGACUUCACUUCACACUCAAGCGAUCUUCCAUGAAUCUUUACGGACAGUCUCAGUUUUAUGUCUUUGCCAACCCUGUCGUGUCUUCAGACAACACCUCGGUGAUUUACGACGGCUACGCAACAUUCCUGGACGGCACAACUGAAUACACCUAUAUGCUGGUAAAUGGAAUUGCUUACUCCGUUGUGUCUACGGUAGGUAACGCGAGCUCCUUAACAGCUCAGUGUCUCCCAUCAAUCCUGCUACCACCUGUCAACAACAUUAUCUCUGCACUCAGUAAUGCCACUACAGUCUCGAGUGCCUUUGCUGGCAAUGACACAAUCACUUGUGCCAGCGGAAUAUUGCUCCAGGCUACCCUCGGUGACACGACUUUUGUCAUUUGCUCGUCAGGUCCGGAUGGCUUUACUGUCUAUGGCAGCGAUCUGGAUAUUACUGUCGACUACUUAACAAGUCCAGCUACGAUCACUGCACCAAAUCUUAGCGAUGAAGCGGCACUUUCUUGCGAAACCUUCGUAACACCCAGUCCAGUAUCACAAACAGCUCUGACUCUACUGACUGGUCAAGCCAUUCCCUCUUCAUUUCGGCGAAAUCUGAAGGCUGCAUCAACCACGACGUUAGCCUCAUCAUCCUGUGGAUGCAAGUCGACCCCACGCCCCUGUGUUUUUUUUCACGGUCUUGGCGGGAAAUCUGAGGCCACCACUCUUCAAACGAAGUCUCGCUACUUUGGAGAUCUUUCCAAAAAUGCACCAUGCUGCUCGUCUUUUCAAUAUGCCAAGCUAAAUACCGUUGACAGCCCCUGGACCGAUGCUACACUGCAACAGAAGGUGUGCAAUUUUGCUCUUUCCGUGAGCAAUACGAGCAGCUUAUCAUCUAGAGUAGUUGCGGACACUAUCAUUGUCACGCACUCGAUGGGUGGUCUUAUGAUGGCAGGUGCGCUAGCAAAUGGGCAAUGCUCGUUUGCAUCGAGCACUACGUGGGUGAGUCUGAGCGCGCCAAUGGGUGGAAGCAUGGGAUCCGACUACCUGCAGAAUGCUUGCAGUGGGAAGAACGUGUUUAUACGGGCGGUAGCUAAUCUGAUUGGUAAGUGCCCUAUCAACAAGGCUACUUUGGGGCUUGCGUAUCAGAACGGAAUUUAUAGCACCCCUGAUUUAAAUGCGGCAUUUGAUGCUGCUCAAUCUGCAUUCCGUUCAAACGUCAAGGCUGUGAUGUGUAGCAAAAGUUAUUCGGGUCUACUUUCGGCCGAUCGGGCUGUGUAUAAGCUUGGAGGAACUUUCAUCAAUCACAAGUCAAAACAAAGUGAUGGUAUUGUUGAGUACGCGAGCUGCACUGGGGGGCUACCGAUUUCAAGUUUUGGUACCAACUACAACAAUACUUUCUACGUGACCGGACUUAAUCACGCUGACACGACUUUUCGCCAUGGAGAUGCGCUAUUCAUGAAUUCACACAAGCCAGUUAAAUGGUUUGAGUGCUUGCUGUGA